AUGACCAUGUAGCAUUUCGUUGAAGAUGACAACAGUGAAGACGAUAAAUUUGAGGAGAAUCUUGAAAAACAAUACGCUGUAAUUCAGUUACAUUUAUUGUAGUUAUACCCUAAAGCUAGCAAUAAGAGACCUGAAUCCAAACAUGGCAGGCCUGAGAGUUCCAAAUUUUAGUAUAAAAAAUAAGAAUAGCAAAUCAUAGAAUAAUAGCCAAAGCUAUUAGAAGCUAUACCUACUUCUCAAGCUCUCAAGAAGUUUAACUAAUUAGUUUCAUUUCACAAAAUACAGAUUGAAUAAUUCUGGAAAAAUCAUACAAUUAUGGCUUCUUAAACAGAAUUCAUAGGUUUUCUGUUAGAAUCAGGAUUUCAAUUUGAACAAUAUGAAAUAAAUUCAAUUCUUAGUGAUUUAACUAAUGAUCGUGGUGUUAUCACUAUUGAAAGUCUUUGUAAGAAAGUACCUGCAUGGCAUUAAAAUGAGAAUGCUAUGUUAGAAUUUAUAAGGGAAAAAGCUCUCAAAUUGGCUCAGGAAUCGAAGAGAAAGUUCUCUGCCCAAAGGAAACCGAAGCCACAAUCAGCAAGUACAAAACGCAGUGGUUUCAAUAAAGGAGAAUCCAGGCCAAUCAGUGGCAUUUCAAAAAAGUAUUAAUCCGGUUUCAGUGAUUUGAAAAUAUCCAACAUCAAUGAUAAACCAUUGUAAAACAGAUCCAAGCACUACCUACUAAUGGCCAAGCAAAGACAAUAAGAAGAGGAUCGACUUCUGCAAUUAACUAUUAACUAAGGCAAGAAUGAAUACGAGUAUGAAAUGCUCAUUAAAAUGGGAGAAGCCAAUGAAUUGUCUUAAGAACUUGAUAGCAAGAUUACAUACAGAGCAUACAAGACUGCACAAGGACAUUUGAAGGUGCAUGUCUAUGAAUUGGAACACUUUUAAAGAGAUCUCGCUUUGGAGGAGUUUUAAAGAGAAUACAACAUUCUAAGGAGCAGAUAUAAUGAGAAAAAGAAAUUGAAAAUCUGGGAAGUGCUCAGUGAAAAGAAGAAAAAUCAAAAGAGUCUCUAGCAUUUUGGAUCUUCUCAAAAAGAAGAGAUCAAACAAAAUGAAGUUGAUGGUAAAGCUGCGAAUAAGAAAGAAAGACAACAAGAAUUAAAGAAGGUGCUUUUGGAAACAAUGAUGCUUUCGAAUGUUCUGAAGGAGUAAUUGGUGGUAUUGAAUAGGAAGGGUAUCAAUGCAAAUCUUAGCCAAAGUGUAAAAUUAUGA